AUGGAAGCUAAGGUCUUUUUUGAUGAUGAUAAGCCGUGUCAUGCAUCCAUUAUCCAUGCCAUUAUGGAACAGGUACGCUGUUUGAUGAUGAUUCAUGAUCUUAAAAUUCAGACUGAGGAGGAGGAUUCCUUUUCCCGAAAAGACUUCCAUGUAGCUGUACGGCGUGUUGGCCGACCUUGUGUUUUGCAUAUUAUGUGGUAUCCCCCACCUCUUAAUGCUUAUAUCCUGAGUACUGAUGGCUCUUCUAGUCUUGGUGAGGCAGGUUAUGGUUUUGUUAUUCAAGGUGGAGGUUCCUUUAUCUAUGGUGAAGGUGGAUAUCUUGGAGGAGGUGAUAGUUUUUUAGCGGAAAUUUCCGGUAUUCUUUUUAGCCUAAGGAAAUGUGAGCAAUUACAUCUUUCUAAUGUGGAGAUUCAGACGGAUAAUCAAGUCUUUGCUUCGACUUUAGCUAAGAAUUUAGAAUUCUGCAAGAUUGGACACAAGGAAGUGGAUUGUAGACAAGAAAAAACUGCAAAGGUGCAAAUUGAUAUGACUAAGAGCAAGGAGGAUAACUCAAACUUGGAUUCCGAUUGUCUUGUGGUGAAAGCCGUGUCAAAGCCUGGAAAAGAAGCUGACAAAGAAGAUGUCCAUUGCCAAAUCUCAAAAAACAUUUCAGCUAAACAAAUAAUUGAUAAUGGUGAAACUAUUCUGUUGGAUGAGAAUGAUGAUGAUGUAGAGAAUGUCUUCACUGAGGGUCUCAUAGAAAACCAACAACCUUUGGUUAGAAUGGAAUUAGAAGUUGAUUCGAGUAAGAAGGUUGCAAUUGAUGAAGUUCAAAAGGAGGAUAACAAUAGCAAUGAGCAAAAUAGCUAG